AUGCUGCCCUGGAGACGUAACAAAUUCGUGCUGGUGGAGGACGAGGCCAAGUGCAAGGCGAAGAGCUUGAGUCCGGGGCUCACCUACACGUCGCUGCUCUCCAGCUUCCUGCGCUCCUGCCCGGACCUGCUGCCCGACUGGCCGCUGGAGCGCCUGGGCCGCGUGUUCCGCAGCCGGCGCCAGAAAGUGGAGCUCAACAAGGAGGACCCGACCUACACCGUGUGGUACCUGGGCAACGCCGUCACCCUGCACGCCAAGGGCGACGGCUGCACCGACGACGCCGUGGGCAAGAUCUGGGCGCGCUGCGGGCCGGGCGGGGGCACCAAGAUGAAGCUGACGCUGGGGCCGCACGGCAUCCGCAUGCAGCCGUGUGAGCGCAGCGCCUCGGGGGGCUCGGGGGGCUCGGGGGGCCGCAGGCCGGCGCACGCCUACCUGCUGCCGCGCAUCACCUACUGCACCGCGGACGGGCGCCACCCGCGCGUCUUCGCCUGGGUCUACCGCCACCAGGCGCGCCACAAGGCCGUGGUGCUGCGCUGCCACGCCGUGCUGCUGGCGCGGGCGCACAAGGCGCGCGCCCUCGCCCGCCUGCUCCGCCAGACCGCGCUGGCGGCCUUCAGCGACUUCAAGCGCCUGCAGCGCCAGAGCGACGCGCGCCACGUGCGCCAGCAGCACCUCCGUGCCGGGGGCGCCGCCGCCUCAGUGCCCCGCGCCCCGCUGCGCCGGCUGCUCAACGCCAAGUGCGCGUACCGGCCACCGGCCUCCGAACGCGGCCGUGGGGCGCCGCGCCUCAGCAGCAUCCAGGAGGAGGACGAGGAGGAGGACGAGGACGUGGAGGAGCGCGAGGAAGCAGCCCCCCAGCUCGAGCGGCCCGAGGUGCUCAGCCUGGCCCGGGAGCUGAGGACGUGCAGCCUGCGGGGCGCCCCGGCGCCCCCGCCGCCCGCGCAGCCCCGCCGCUGGAAGGCCGGCCCCAGGGAGCGGGCGGGCCAGGCGCGCUGAGAGCCGAGGGGCAGGACUCGCGGCCCCAGACCCCGCCGGCCUGAUUUACAGCCUCUAACCCGGGCCCUGCCCUCUUCUGCUCUCCCCCCCCCCCCCCCCGUCCUUGCCUCCCUUGUGGUCUCCGUUGUUGCCCGCCUCGCGCCUCAUCCUGGCUCAGGGUGACGCCUGAUAUGCCCUUGAUUAUUGGGGGACGAGUAGUCGGGGAGCAGCAGUAUUCGGCAUUCACCUCUCCCCCAUCCGGAGUUUCUGGGCUCCCUCCGUUGCGGAAUUGCCCCCUACACGUUACACCAAGCCUGUCUGCCCAUAGACUAUCCCCUCCCUCCCAAAGCAAUCUCUCAAGAGAAGGAGGGAGAAGUUUCCAGAAAUCCAGGAGGGUAACCUUGGGCCUUGGCCAGGUGGCGGCAGUGGCUCUCUGCCCUUGACCAGUCUAGCCUUCCUCCCUGGGAUGAGACCAACCCUGGGGAGGCAUUCUUGUAGGGGAAGAAUAGUGGAGACUGGAGGCCAGGCACAAGGUGGGAAUUGAGUCUGCAGCCACCAUAUACCCAAGGAAGUAUUCUCAGGCCCUGUGUCUGGCCUCUCUACCCCUUGGAGGACUUCUGGGACUUCACUGCUCUGCUCUGGAGAGGACUAGGAUGGUCCUACCCACCCAAACAACAGGUUAGGCCAGGUUAACAGCUCUCUGCACCAAGCAACUGCCCAAGUCUGUGCCCUGGCACCGGGUACACCCACAGGACUCCUCACCCACCCCAUCUCUGCAGACAGAUGUGUAUGGUUUCCCACUAGGUGCCCCACAACCAGCACCAAGAUGGGGCCUCCUAAGGAGGUAAGAGAACCAACCCAUGGCAGGCACUUGAGGACACUGACUACCCAGAAAGUGGACCCAGGAAGGGUGCCCCCAAGUCAAGGCUUGUCAGAGCAGAAGGGUCCUUACAGCAGCUAGAUUCUCAUAGCAGGAAGGAGGGUGUGGUAACCCAGCAGAGGGACUGGGUCCCUGCCCAAGUCUCUCUCCACAA